CUGAUUACGAAGCAAGAAAAAAUGGUCACUCUGAUGUCAACAUGGCUAGCCCAACGCAAUUUCUUGACCAGUGGGUGACUAAAAGACGUGUGGCCCUAAUCCUCUUCCGUAGGUAUGAAAUCAGGGAGUUCGCCGCCCCACCUGCCCAUAUGGACGGCACGCGCCUGCACGACCCCCCUCGCGGUAGGACGAGCCCGUGUCCGGAGGGGGGCUUCACGAAGGGAGCUGUAGCCGCAGACUCCGAGACCUGCUCCAAGGUUGGACGAGAUAUUCUUCGAAGCGGUGGUUCAGCGGUAGAUGGCGCGAUCGCUGCGUUGCUCUGCACGUCUGUCAUCAACCCGCAGAGCAUGGGUCUGGGCGGAGGGACCAUCUUCACCGUGAUGGAUGGCAGUGGGAAGGUGAAAAUCAUCAAUGCACGGGAGACCGUCCCCAAGAUGUUCAAUAGAAACUUAAUGGAGGACUGCUCUAAAACACCGAGCUGGACUCCAGUGGGUCAGUGGAUUGGGGUUCCAGGGGAACUGCGAGGUUAUGAACUUGCACACCAACUGUAUGGAAAGCUUCCUUGGGCCAGGCUCUUCCAGCCCACUAUCAAACUUGCUCGGAGCGGGUUCCCCAUUCCCCCUGUCCAGGCUCGCUUCAUCCCCUUCUUAGAAAACACCAACGGUUCUUUACGCAAGUUGUACUCUGACAAGGAUGGCAACCUCCUGAAAGCUGGUGACAUCAUGAAGUUUGAGAAACUGGCCGACACACUGGAGAUUUUAGCUAAACAGGGAGCAGAUGCAUUCUACACUGGACAGAUCGCAGAGGAUUUUAUCCGCGAUGUACAAAAUGAAGGAGUCGAACUCACCCUUGAGGACCUGGCGUCUUACAAGGCCAGAGUAAGCGAUGCCUGGAACGUUUCCCUGGGGGAGUAUCAGAUUUACUUGGCUCCGCCUCCUUCAGGGGGCGCCUUAAUUGGCCUUAUCCUCAACAUCAUGAAAGGGUAUGCUCCAAAUCCAGAGUCUAUGAUGGGGGAGGAAAGGGCUCAAACCUAUCAUCGCUUUGUGGAGGCUUGCAAGUUUGCCAAUGGUUUGAAGAAACACCUCCGUGACCCACAGUUCAACUCAGGAGCAGUGGCGAAGAAGAUCACAGAGGAGAGCUUUGCCGACCGCCUUCGGAGUCUGAUCAGUGGGAGGAGGAGCCACAAUGCUCAGUACUACAACAUGACGCCCUAUCUGGACAGCAUGGGGACCACACACGUGUCCGUCCUGGCUGAGGACGGCACCGCCGUGGCAGCGACCAGCAGCAUCAACCUAAUAUUUGGAUCCAAGGUGUAUUCCCCCAGCACUGGGGUCAUCCUCAACAAUCAGCUGACAGACUUCUGUGGUAAAGCAGAGCACAUUGUUGCAGGAGAGCAGCCCCCCUCCUCCAUGUCUCCAUCGAUCCUGCGAUCCAAGACCAGGACGCUGGUGAUCGGGGCGUCUGGGGGCAGCAUGAUCAUCACUGGCACCGCCUUGACUAUCAUGAACCACUUAUGGUUUGGAAAAAGCCUCAAAGAGGCGACAGACAGCCCUGUGGUCUUUGUUGAUUCCAAGAAUGAAUUGAAUUUCGAACCCAGCUUUGACAAGUCUUUGAUAGAGGCGCUCACCUCAAUGGGACACACCCAGACCAACGCAUCGUACUUCUACAAUGUGGUGAAUUCUGUGGAACAGGACAACGGCUGCAUCGCUGCAGUGUCUGACCUCCGGAAACAGGGGAAAGCAGCCGGCUACUGACGAGAGGUCGUAUUGGUUGUUAAUAAGGAGAAUCUGGGACCAAUGGGAAGAAGCCGGAGAUGAUAUUAACAUAUCUUGAGAUCUACAAUUGUUACAUUAAAGUCGGGGAGAAUUUGCGGCCAGUAGAUUAAAAGAUUGUGGUCCGAGGUCAAAGAAAAACUGAAAUGGCAUUAGAAAAAACUUGACGAAUUUGUUUUGGAGCAGGUGUGAGGGGGCGUGGUUCAACAUUGACGGAAUGCACGUCACACUUAACUUGUGUGCUCGUGUUUUCUUCACCUUUAAAAGAGGCACCAUUAAACAAUAGGACUGUUUCUGUGAUUGUUUGCCUCCCUUAAUAUAGAGGAAGAGAAAAUCCUCUUUUUACUUUUCUACCUCAGCCUCUCUUUUUGAUUUUGUACUACUUUUCUUUGUUGAGGGCAUUGAAUAGUGAGUGAUGAUCAUGUAUUUAAGUUUAUUUUCUUAGCUGAUUUUUGUCUCACAUCACACAUGGCCAGUUAGGGAGGGUGGCGGUAGCAAAUGGGAGGUACACCUGUGUGUAUUUUUAUUUUUAAAUAUGCAGAUUAUUAAACCUGCCAUUUUGUUUUACUCCUUUAAUUAAGCUUUAACUAUUUAUUUACUAUUUUGCGUUUAAUAUUCAAUCACUUCUUUUGCCUCAAAUGAUGAAUGAUAUUGUAAUUGACUGACCUUCAUUAGUAUGAAAUAAAUACCAAUUAUGAAAUGGACAAAAAAGACUGUUUUAUGCUUUUGAAAUAUGAGAGAAACGGUUCUUUGCAAAUGAAUGGUGCUAACAACCUAUUAAAUAUCUUUCAAUGAUAUAGAACUCUUUUGUUGUGCGGCCAAAGUUGGUAAUGAGUGUU